CCUGGCUUAGGUUUGGAAAGACUAAGUUAGUUUGUCCUUUCGCAGGGACCGGGACCGGGACCGGGACCGGGGGGGAGGGGAAGCGUUCACCUGUGGCGCCGGCCCAGGGUGAGUGAGCCUCGACGACAACACCAAAAAACGCCACCUCCUUCGGAUAGCCACCCGUCCAUCUGCUGUCGAAGUCGUUGUCGAUCGCCAUGGCCGAAGACCUGAGCGAGAAGAGUACGGCGCCGGUACCGGGUCGGCCGUCUUCCGGGCGCAACUCGAGCGAUGGCACGGAGAAGAACAACGAUGAAGUGGCCAUUAACCUCGGCAAAGCCGACAGCAAGGUCGUGGCGCCCAAGGACGACGAGUCCGAGAAGGACCAGGACCCCUUCGCCCACCUGCCCGAGCAUGAGGCCAAGAUCCUCCGGGACCAGGUCUACACCCCCGACGUCAAGGUCGGCAUGGCAAUGCUCUACCGCUACUCGUCGCGCAACGACCUGCUCAUCAUCUUGGUGUCCUCCAUCUGCGCCAUCGCCUCGGGCGCCGCCCUGCCCCUUAUGACGGUCAUCUUUGGCAACCUCCAGGGAACCUUCCAGGACUACUUCACUCCCGGCUCGUCCAUGACGUACGACGAGUUCACCGACGAGAUGGGCCGCCUGGUGCUCUACUUCGUCUACCUGGCCAUCGGCGAGUUCGUCACGACCUACAUCUCCACCGUCGGCUUCAUCUACACGGGCGAGCACAUCAGCGCCAAGAUCCGCGAGCACUACCUCGAGAGCUGCAUGAGGCAGAACAUUGGCUUCUUCGACAAGCUCGGCGCCGGCGAGGUCACCACCCGCAUCACGGCCGACACCAACCUGAUCCAGGAGGGCAUCUCGGAGAAGGUCGGCCUGACCCUCUCGGCCAUCGCCACCUUCGUCGCCGCCUUCAUCAUCGGCUUCGUCAGCUUCUGGAAGCUGACCCUCAUCCUGCUCAGCACCGUCGUCGCGCUGCUGCUGUGCAUGGGCACCGCCUCCCAGUUCAUCGUCAAGUUUUCCAAGCAGAACAUCGCCGCCUACGCCCAGGGCGGCUCCGUCGCCGAGGAGGUCAUCAGCAGCAUCCGCAACGCCGUCGCCUUCGGCACCCAGGACCGCCUGGCCAAGCAGUACGACGUCCACCUGGCCCGCGCCGAGGUCUUCGGCUUCAAGCUCAAGAGCGUCCUCGGCGCCAUGAUCGGCGGCAUGAUGACCAUCCUCUAUCUCAACUACGGCUUGGCCUUCUGGAUGGGAUCGCGCUUCCUCGUCGGCCACGAGGUCUCUCUCAGCAAGGUCCUGAUCGUCAUGAUGAGCGUCAUGAUCGGAGCCUUCAACCUCGGCAACGUCGCCCCCAACGCCCAGGCCUUCACCACCGCCCUCGGCGCGGCCGCCAAGAUCUAUAGCACCAUCGACCGCCAAUCUCCUAUCGAUCCGUCAAGCGAGGAGGGCACCAAGCUGGACAAGGUCGAGGGCACCAUCCGGCUGGAGCACGUCAAGCACGUCUACCCUUCGCGUCCCGAGGUCGUCGUCAUGGAUGACGUCUCGCUCACAAUCCCCGCCGGCAAGACCACGGCCCUCGUCGGCGCCUCCGGGAGCGGCAAGUCGACCAUCAUCGGCCUGGUCGAGAGGUUCUACUCCCCCCUGGAGGGGACCGUGUACCUCGACGGCGUCGACAUCUCGACCCUCAACCUCCGGUGGCUGCGUCAACAGAUCGCGCUGGUGUCCCAGGAGCCCACGCUCUUCAGCACCACCAUCUACGAGAACAUCCGCCACGGCCUGAUCGGGACCAAGUGGGAGAAGGAGGAUCCCGAGAAGCAGAGGGAGCUGAUCUACGAGGCCGCCAAGAAGGCCAAUGCCCACGACUUCAUCACCGCCCUCCCGGAAGGAUACGAGACCAACGUGGGCGAGCGCGGUUUCCUGCUGAGCGGCGGCCAAAAACAGCGCAUCGCCAUCGCCCGCGCCGUCGUCUCGGACCCCAAGAUCCUCCUCCUCGACGAGGCGACCAGCGCGCUCGAUACCAAGUCGGAAGGCGUCGUCCAGGCGGCCCUCGAGGCCGCCGCCGAGGGCCGCACCACCAUCACCAUCGCCCACCGUCUGUCGACCAUCAAGGACGCCCACAACAUCGUCGUCAUGUCCCAGGGCCGGAUCGUCGAGCAGGGCACGCACGACGACCUCCUCCAGAGGCGCGGCGCGUACUACAACCUCGUCACGGCCCAGGCCAUCAAGACGGCCAACGAGACGGCGGCCGAAGCCGAGGAGGAGGAGGAGGGGGGAGCUGCGCUGCUCGAGAAGCGCGAAUCCGAGGCGGCUGCCAUCUACCGGGCCUCGACUCGCGGGAGCAGGAGCGGCACCGUCCCCGGGGAUCCCGACGACGACCUCCAGGCCAGGCUCAAGAAGACGCAAUCGCAACAGAGUGCCAGCUCGAUGGCCCUGGCGGGGCGCAAGCCCGAAUCCCAGAAGAAGUACAGCUUCUGGACGCUGAUCAAGCUCAUCGCCAGCUUCAACCGAGAGGAGUGGAAGAUCAUGUUGGUCGGCCUCUUCUUCUCGGCCAUCUGUGGCGGCGGUAACCCGACCCAGGCUGUCUUCUUUGCCAAGCUCAUUAGUGCUCUCUCGGUGCCCGUCACCGACGAGACCAUCCCCCACAUCCGGUCCGAGGCUUCCUUCUGGUCGCUCAUGUACCUGAUGCUCGCCAUCGUCAUGUUCAUCGCUUUUGUCGCCCAGGGCAUAGCCUUCGCCAAGUGCAGCGAGCGCCUGAUCCACAGGGUCCGCGACAUGUCGUUCAGGUCCAUGCUGCGGCAGGACGUCGAAUAUUUUGACCGGGACGAGAACUCGGCCGGCGCGCUCACCUCCUUCCUCAGCACCGAGACGACCCAUGUCGCCGGCCUUAGCGGCUCGACCCUGGGGACGCUGAUCAUGGUCUUCACCACGCUGAUCGCCGCCUGCGUGGUCGCCCUCUCGAUCGGGUGGAAGCUGGCGCUCGUGUGCAUCGCCACCAUGCCCAUCGUCAUCGGCUGCGGCUUCUUCCGCUUCUGGCUGCUCGCGCACUACCAGCGGCGGGCGAAGAAGGCCUAUGCCGGCUCGGCGAGCUUCGCGUCCGAGGCGAUCACGGCCAUCCGCACCGUGGCCGCCCUGACGCGCGAGGAGGACGUGCUCGGCCAGUACAGGGCCUCGCUGGCGGCCCAGCAGCGCGCCAGCCUCAUCUCGGUGCUCAAGUCGAGCCUCCUGUACGCGGCGUCGCAGUCCCUCAUGUUCCUCGCGUUCGCCCUCGGGUUCUGGUACGGCGGCACCCUGAUCGCCAAGUACGAGUACGACCUGUUCCAGUUCUUCAUCGUCUUCACGUCGGUCAUCUUCGGCGCGCAGUCGGCCGGGACCGUCUUCAGCUUCGCGCCGGACAUGGGCAAGGCCGUCGAGGCGUCGCGCGAGCUCAAGACGCUCUUCGACCGCAAGCCGGCGAUCGACACGUGGGCCCCCGGCGGCGACAAGCUCGAGGCGGUCGACGGCAGCAUCGAGUUCCGCGACGUGCACUUCCGCUACCCGACCCGGCCGGAGCAGCCGGUGCUGCGGGGGCUGAACCUGUCCAUCUCUCCCGGCCAGUACGUCGCGCUGGUGGGCGCGUCCGGGUGCGGCAAGUCGACGACGAUCGCGCUGCUCGAGCGCUUCUACGACCCGCUCGCGGGCGGCAUCUUUGUCGACGGCAAGGAGAUCAGCCGGCUCAACGUCAACGAGUACCGCAGCUUCAUCGCGCUCGUGUCGCAGGAGCCGACGCUGUACCAGGGCACGAUCCGGGACAACAUCCUGCUCGGGGCGCCGUACGAGGUGUCGGACGAGCAGGUCAAGUUCGCGUGCCAGGAGGCCAACAUCUACGACUUCAUCCUCUCGCUGCCCGACGGCUUCAACACGGUGGUGGGGUCCAAGGGCGCGCUGCUGAGCGGCGGCCAGAAGCAGCGGAUCGCCAUCGCCCGCGCCCUCGUGCGCAACCCCAAGAUCCUGCUGCUCGACGAGGCCACCUCGGCGCUCGACUCGGAGAGCGAGCACGUCGUGCAGGCCGCCCUCGACAAGGCCGCCAAGGGCCGCACCACCAUCGCCGUCGCCCACCGGCUGAGCACCAUCCAAAAGGCCGACGUCAUCUACGUCUUUGACCAGGGCCGGGUCGUGGAGCAGGGCACGCACGCGGAACUGAUGAAGAAGAACGGCCGGUACGCGGAGCUCGUGAAUCUCCAGAGUCUGGAGAAGCACGGUUAAUACAUUUUUUUUCCCCUUUUUUAAACUCGUCCUUUUUCUUGUUUUAUUUUUGUUGUUCAUUAUCACCUCUCGCUCUGUGGGUAUUUGACCGAGUGGGUGGAGGAUUUUCAUCAUGGUUUGCACAUAUACAUCUCAUUUGGGUUCCAGGGAAAAAAAGGGUUGAGAGGAGAAAUCUGUGCAAUUGCGACAUACAUACUCGUAAAGUUAGACGGGCGCCCGUAGGAAGAUGAUGGGUGGGGGUGGGAUGGGAGAAAGGUGGUGAUUGUGUCCCUACGGAGUACAAUUACACAAUACCUACUCUACUCCUUAACCUAAGUUUAUGCAACAUACAUAUAUAAUAUGCAUAUGUAUGUAAUGCGUACUUGCUAUGCACUUGUCUUGCAUUUCCGACUAACUCAUUGCGUUCCUGACCGUGGGCUGCCUCAAUCAACACAGUAUCUGGACGAAUCUCCCCUGGGCGCGUCUGGGAAAGCACGGUACGAAUAGAACCGAAGUUUUAAGUUUCCCUUCUAAAAACGGGGAAGAGGUCUAAAAAUGAACUAAAAGAUUGAUCAUGGAGAAUCGGUCGACUCGCUAGCACAAUCGCACCUGUUAGCGCCCUCCUGGAUGCCAAUCGAUCGAUGAGCUGACGUGUCAAGAGCGCCCCCCCCAAAACCGAAGUUCGGCCUCGCCACCGCCCACCGUGCUGUGUUUUCGGGCUCCGUUGGCCAAUCUGGGAACUUAAUCCUCUCUUUAGUUAGGCAGGCUAAGAGGCAGGCACACACACACACACACACACCAAACUCUAGCUGGAGAAGUAGACAACCUGUCCUUUCUCGCUUGACUCCUCCCAUCUUUUCAUUGUCUUCUUU